UUUAAAUUGUUCGAUUUGCUUGUCAUGUAACUGAUAUUUCCAGAAACAGACAUUUACACGGGUGAAAGCUUUUGUCCGGAAAAAGCACAUUCAAGAUGGGCUGCGCUGGAUUCACCUGCUCCAAGAAUUCCCUGUGCGCGCUCAACAUCCUCUAUGUUAUGGUGAGUUUGCUGAUGAUUGGCAUCGCUGCCUGGGGCAAGUGUUUUGGGUUGGUGUCGAGCUUCCAGGUGGUGGGUGGCAUCAUUGGAGUGGGGGUCUUCCUCUUCUUUGUUGCCCUAGCUGGACUUAUUGGUGCCAUGAAGCACCACCAGGUUCUGCUGUUCUUUUACAUGAUCAUCCUGUUCCUGGUGUUUGUAGUUCAGUUUUCAGUGUCUAGUGCAUGUCUGGCUAUCAAUGAGGAACAACAGAAUCACCUGUUGGAGGUGGGCUGGAAUAACUCUCUGACCACUCAGAGGGAUGUGGAGAAGAGUCUGAACUGCUGCGGUUUCUCUCACAUGGAUAUCAAUGGAAGCUGUGCCGCUCCCUGCUUUCAUUACAGCACUUGCACCACAUGUGCAGCAAAGAUCCAGGAGCACGCCGGUGAGGUGCUGCGCUUCGUCGGAGGGAUCGGCCUCUUCUUUAGCUUCACUGAGAUCCUGGGAGUUUGGCUGACGUAUAUAUACAGAAACCAAAAGGACCCACGAGCGAAUCCCAGCGCCUUCCUGUAGGUGUGAUUCUUAUGAUGAAUUCUCUGGAUUUGUCGUCUG